AUGGCCUCAAAUUCCAGUGGAAGCGAUGAAGCUUCAAAUGAAUAUGAGACGCCGGUGAUUGAAGGCAACCGAUUCGAGAAUCCGCCAUCAUUUCGCAAUUGGAGCGGACUUCCCGCCGGAAAAGACGUUUGGAAGUAUUUCGUCAAUGAGAAAAAUCUCUCGAAUGUGCCAUCCGAUGAAAAUGAGCUCAAUAAAACACUUCCAGUGAAGCAUUUAAAGAAGUUUGAGAGCACUGGCUCACUGUACGCCGCCUGGCUGGGACAUGCAACAAUGCUUGUCCAUCUGGAAGGCGUUAAUCUGAUAACAGACCCGAUUUGGGCGGCGAGAGCCUCAAUGUUCAGUUUCGCUGGUCCGAAACGCUAUCGGCCGCCGCCGAUGAGAAUCGAGGAGUUGCCGAUGAUCGACAUCGGCGUCAUCUCUCACGAUCACUAUGAUCAUCUAGAUCAAGAAGCAGUGAAAACAAUCAGCCGGCAAAACGAGAAACUCCAAUGGUUCGUGCCGAUGGGCAUGAAGGAAUGGUUCAAGUCGAUAGGCAUCGCGAAUAGCGACGCGUUUCCGAAUCGGGUAACCGAAAUGACGUGGGGCGAGGCGGCGACGUUCCGAAAAUCCGGCGAAACGUUUACUCUGUGGUGUUUGCCGGCGCAACACUGGGGUCGUCGGGGGCUGUUCGACAAAAAUCAGCGAUUAUGGUGUGGCUGGUGUCUCGUGGGUCCCAACAAGAAAUUCUAUUACACUGGCGAUACCGGAUUUUGUGAUACGGAAUUCAAAAAGAUUGGCCAACGGCUCGGACCCAUUGAUCUAGCGGCAAUUCCGAUUGGAGCGUAUUGUCCAAGAUUCUUCAUGAAAUCGCAACACAUCGAUCCGGACGAGGCGGUGGCAGUGCACGAGUUGAUUCGCGCCAAGACCAGCAUCGGAAUCCAUUGGGGCACCUAUCAUAUGGGCUCAUAUGAGUUCUAUUUGGAGCCGCGGCAAAGAAUUGAACAAUUAAUGAAAACUCGUGGAGGCAAAUUCAUUACCAUCGCAAUGGGUGAAAUAUGGGAUGAUGAGAAUUAA